GGACACAAGAGUCCUCUAUCUCUAUGAGGAUGCCAUACAAAAGUUGCACGGACACGCGCGUCAGGUGUCUCCUAUCCAAUAAAGCAGGACAGAGUUUUGAUGACUAUUCCACUGACUAAACGACUAUGGAUUAGUCCUAUUUGUGAAUAAUCGUGCCUCAUUUAUAGAGUUUGAAGACACGUGCGCCCAUACCCAACUCCACAUGAACGCCGGGUGAGUGUAAAGAGUAGUGGGUCUGGUGUAGACUGUAUGACCUGCUACAGGUAGUCUAUAUUUGUGAACUGGUAGUGCAGUUCACACCACAGUAGUGGGACACAGGCCAUUCUCUCUGAACCGGGGGAGCACGGACAGCGGCAUGAUAUCAGACAGUAUGAGGGCGGAUUUUAAAUACCUGAAGGAGUACCUGGGCUGGCUGUACUACCAGUACCUGCUCAUCACAGGCAUAUAUGUGCUUGAGCCCUGGGAGCAGUCCAUCUUCAACUCUGUCCUCUUCUCAUCCAUGGCCAUGGUCAUCUACACCUCCUACGUCUUUGUGCCUGUCCACGUGUGUCUGGCACUCAAGUUCUUCUGCGGGAUCUGCGGGGAACAGCCAGAGAGCACCAUGGCACUCAUAAACUAAGCAGUGGAUGGAUAGAUGGAUGGAUGGAUAAAUGGAUGGCGGGAGGGAGGGAGGGAGAUUGGGAAUGAGAAGGGAGGACCCCAUCUAAGAUUUUGACCUUGACCUCACUUGAUUCGAUAGCUGUCUUACCCCUCAGGUCUCUCUCACCGCCCUUACCCACACACAGUCACCCACGACUCUCCCGAACCACAAUACUCUACUACCUACUCAGCAAAAGAAGGCUAAGUUUAGGAUGUUUCCGUGAAAUAUUCUGGGAGAAUACCUCCCUUUACCCCAUUACCUACGGUAUUAUACUGUACAUCACUGUACACUACUUUCACACCUUUGCUGUGAAACGCCUUGUUUGUUCUUUUACAUUUUUCUCAUUCUAUAACAGUCCAGGGGCCUCAUUUAUACAAUUUUUCUUAGAUUUAUACUUGAACUUAGUCGUAAGAUAAUUUCCGACGGUGUGCUUACGUUCGAUUCAUAAAAGAUACUGAGCAUAAAAAACUUGCUUACGCAGGUUCUAAGAAGCCCAUUUGUAACUUAUAAAUCUCAAAUUAACUUAACAUUGACGGCACCUGAACAUGCCUUACAAUCAGCGAUUUCCCGUUAUAGAAUGCUAGCACAAAUGAGGGUUUAGUCAGGAAUAGCCAUGGGCCAAAAGAGAAAAGCUAACUUUUUGGAAGACGAGAUCACGGCGAUGGUAGAGGAGAUUGAAGACAGGCAACACGUAUUAUUCGGUGGACUAAAUAGUGGGUUGACAAACAAAGCCAAACAGGUAGCUUGGGAGUGUGUCGCCGCUGCAGUGAACGAGGUGGGGCAGCAAGACAGAACUUUGUCUGAUGUGAAAAAUAAAUGGUUUGACCUUAAACUGCAAGGGAUAAAAAGAAUAGCCGUACAUAACCAGCAGGAAAAUCACUUCCGUCAAGUCUAGACUCUGAGUAGAGAUAAGAUCAUUUCCACGUCAACGUAAGGUUUUAUAAAUGACUACUUAUACGUGCUUUUCUGCGUGAAGUCAUACUUAAGAUCAAAAUUGAUUGUUAGUCCGUUUUAUAAAUGAGGCCCCAGGUAUCCUGUGUGAGUGCAGAUCACGUCUCUGUGUUUUGCAUUUGCCUGCAGGUAAUGACACUUAUCACUGGCUGUUGACGGCUGUCUGAUAUAGAGGGAGACAUUACUGAUCCCAACACAUUUACAUGCACUUAAACCCACUGGACAGUGCUAAUGAUGACCAUUGACCAAUGGCUGGCAUCUUGCACUUAAAUUACUGAGUCAUUAAGCAAAUAUUUCCCAAGACUAGAGUCUCCUGCUAUACAAUCUAAUCAGAGAUAUUGAGUCCUGGCGAAGAUUACAAGGUUGUGAAAUUUUCCUCCCAACCCUAAAUUUAACCGGUGAUUAUUCAAUGCAUACAUUGAUCAAACUCAACAAUCAUAUCCUUGUGUACACAGCCCUGUCCCUAUCUGCAGUGUUUUCACUGUUGCUAUGUCACGAAGGUCGAUGUUGAGCAAGAGGAAAUUAGCUCUCUGGUUCAGGCUUUGCUUUGUCAUUGACUUUGCUUGAUCAACCAUCAUUCUUCCGAAUGCAUAGAGCUGAAAGGAAUUAUAUGAAUCAAAAACAGUCAAAUUGGCCUGAAUGAAAAGCGAUGUCAACCCACCCUCAUCUCUCUUGUGACCCUACAGUUGAACUGUAACUUCUGAGAGAAGAAAACAGAAGCCUAGUACUUAUCACUGCGUGACUAGAAGAUCUGUUAACAUGUAUUUGUUUUGGUGAUCACAUAUAAACUCAGCAAAAAAAAGAAACGUCCCUUUUUCAGGACCCUGUCUUUCAAAGAUUAUUUGUAAAAAUCCAAAUAACUGCACAGAUCUUCAUUGUAAAGGGUUUAAACACUGUUUCCCAUGCUUGUUCAAUGAACCAUAAACAAUUAAUGAAAAUGCAUCUGUGGAAUGGUCGUUAAGACGGUAAGCAAUUAAGGUCACAGUUAUGAAAACGUAGGACACUAAAGAGGCCUUUCUACUGAUUCUGAAAAACACCAAAAGAAAGAUGCCCAGGGUCCCUGCUCAUCUGCGUGAAUGUGCCUUAGGCAUGCUGCAAGGAGGCAUAAGGACCGCAGAUGUGGCCAGGGCAAUAAAUUGCAAUGUUCGUACUGUGAGACACCAAAGACGCGCUACAGGGACACAGGACGGACAGCUGAUCGUCCUCGCAGUGGCAGACCACGUGUAACAACAACUGCACAGGAUCGGUACAUCUGAACAUCACACCUGCGGGACAUGUACAGGAUGGCAACACCAGCUGCAACAACAGCUUCCCGAGUUACACCAGGAAUGCACAAU